UGUCUUUACAACAUAUUUCAAUGCUUCAUCAAAGACGCAAAAGUCACAAGCUGUUCCUUUCUUGACACUUUCUCCCAGCUUGACCAAAGAAAGUUCCACAAUUUCCAACUAAAGAGAUAAGUCUUCCUCCAUUAUUAUUGCUCCUCACAUUUAACCGUUUUCCGUAUUCCCUUUUCUACACAUAUUCAGCCCCAAAUUAAGAUCCUCAAAAUUUUCAAGUCAGCUAUGGAGAUUGACACAGCCAACAGUACUAUAUCGAAUUCUUCUGUUAGAGACAGCCUCCUUGUGGAGCAGGAUCAAACAUCACGACGCAAAAAGAAGCUUAAAUUCAUCAUCAUUUUACUCAUCGUUUUCACUUUCAUCAUCGGAGCCAUAAUCUCUGUUUUCACGACAAUGAAACAGGACUUCGAGUCAAAGUCACCAGCCAAGAACCCAACCAUGGCAAUCAGAUCCAUCUGCUCGUUGACUCAGUACCCUACUACAUGCUUCAAGUCCUUAUCUCCUAUCUAUAAGAACAACCCAUCAUCCAAAAUCAACGCAUCUCGAAUUUUCUCUUUCUCGUUCCACACAGCCAUAGAUGAACUCAACAAACUUUCUACGCUCUUAUCAGAGUCAAACGACAGGUCCCUCAAACACUGUGAAUCUAUGUUCAACGACUCAGUUCGUCAAUUGAACAGCUAUUUAGCGACUUUGGAUGUUAAUUUUCGUAAUGAGCUAAGCUUCGUUGUAUCGAAAAGCUUGAGAGAAUUGAUGGGGUGGUUAUAUAGAGAAACGCCAAAACUUGAAGUUUGUCUGAAUAAGUUGAGGUUCGAGUAUAUGUUGAGCAGUAGACGAGUACUGAGCAAUAGCUUAACGAUUCUGAGCAAUAUGGAGAGUGUUUCUGAGAUGUUUUAUCCAAUAAUUGGAAGUGAUCAAAGUAUGGUUGCUUCUUUUCUGUCUAAUGUACAAUUUGUGGAUACCCUCUGUAUAUUUGGGGUACAGUACAUUCUCUUAGUAUUUUUGUUUUGUCUGCUUUUACGCCUACUCUGAUUCGGGUAAUUAAUUGAUUCCAACAUUAUUUCUCUUGAGUUUGAGUGUGAUAAUAUCCGUGUACCUAAAUGUUGUACACAGAAAUUUCAAACUACUUGAAAAACUACUUACAUC